CAUUUGCACGGACUAAUAAAUGUUAAUUACGUUAGAUUGUUUUUCUCUUUCAUAAAAUGAGAUUAAAAAUUACGAGCGAUUCCCGAAAAUGAAUGCACCUCAUUAUUAUUAUUAUUAUUACUGUUGAUGCUUUCGUUAAUUAUUAUUAUUGCUUAUUAGCGUUUUAUCGCACGUGUAUCGUCGGAUGUUCUUUUCGAUAUAGCUCCUAGUCUAUUUAUCGAAAAUGUUUGCGAACAUUAUUUCCGAUAAUUACGAUAGAGAACGCAAAACAGAACGAAAAACAAUAGCGAACAGAUGCCGGACAUAACCUACGAGAACGUCUGCAGAGCAUUAGAAACACCACCAUAGAAACAAUGGUCAAAUUCCCGUCGUUCUCCACGGAGGCUUUGCGAGGAAAGAGAGAAAUCACGUAUCGAAAUGUCUCGUAGAAUACACGCUACUGCCAGAACAAAAAAAGUUACUUCGACAGUAUCUUCCGCAUGACUGUGAUACGCGAGUCUCUCUUUUUCUCUCUCUCGCUCUCCAAUCCCCAUGUAAAUUACCCGCGAAGAAAGAAUGUCAAGCGACCCAAACUGCGGUUACAUAUCCUUGCUGUGCAGUAUCGCAAACAAACCGCUGGAUCUAUGGUCGAAGCACGUUUCCUUGGACGGUCAAGUGCGCAGGGUGAGCGACGAUGAGCUGCACGGGGACAAGGUGAUCGAGAUCCUGGGACCCCGUAACAGUGUCGUUCCCACGAGCAUAACUGCUCCCGCCAAGAUCUUGGACACUUUAAAUAUAAGGCUGGCUAUUCUCGUAUUGGUAAUAAAGAAUUUGCAGUCGUAUUUCAAAUUGGAAGUCCAGGUACAGGUGAUGCAAGAUGCUCUGACAGAGGCAAUGGUGCUUCUGCUAAAGUCCUAUACGAGCAUGGCUCGAAUUCCGCUGAAAUUGGAAGAAUGUUGGAACACCCUGGAGAUAAAUCUUCAGACUCUCUGUCAUAUGGCGUACGGGACGGAUUACGAGGCGCUGCUGAGGAUAAUCGUUUAUCCAAACUGCCGACUGAGAAGAGUUUAUCUGCAGGAUCGCCAUUACAAUCGUAACGAGACGUCCGCCGAGCUGUACAACGCGUUCCUCGAUGCAUUCAUGUCCAAGUGGAGGAUCAACUUCGUCGAGCAGACUUGUCAGACGGAAGAAUGUUACACAGGUUCCACAUAUGUGCGCUCUAUAGGAGUAUGAGCAUACGUGUCAAGAUAUGUAUCCAUUUCUUAUGUGAUUUUUAGGAUCAUUAAGAAAAAGGGACUUGCGUCUUUCAGCA